AUGCAGUUGCUCAGUGUCGAAGGAAGUGCUUUUUUGUUACUCACAGUUGCCUCUGGAGUGACUGCGCGAGAUUCUAGUUGUACCCUCCGAGACGAGCCGCUUGCUCGUCGUUUUUGUAUUUCUGCUGAAGAUAAAGCUGCUGUUAGUGAGGGGAGACGCGAUAGCCUGAGAGCGAUGCCAGCCCAGUAUUACGACGAAAGCGCUACACCCGUGUGCGACUUUGAUCCAGAUUUCAAGGAGUUGAGUUCUUGCUGCCCGGAUAAUGUGAUCAGCCAAUUUGUUACCACUGACACAGCAUACGAGCCGAAGGAUGUUGUCAACCCAAUUUGCACUGGAAAGAAUUGCCCGAAGAUAGACAUCAAGACUCUCGAGUUUUAUGCCUUUUACAAUUAUUGUGGACCAUUCAAUGAAUAA